UGGCCUGACUAAGAUGGCGACUGCCAUGGCGAGCCAGGCUGGGACGGCGCUGCGGGACUUGGCUUUGCUCAGAGCUUCCUUGCUUAGGAGGCGCAGCCCGGCUGUUCAAUUAGCCCCUAGACGAUGGCUAAACCUGCAGGAAUACCAGAGUAAGAAACUGAUGGCUGAUCACGGGGUCACAGUUCAGAGAUUCUUCGUGGCUGACACGGCAAAUGAUGCUCUUGCGGCUGCUAAGAGGCUAAAAGCUACAGAAAUUGUGUUAAAGGCUCAAAUCUUAGCUGGAGGAAGAGGAAAAGGUGUUUUCAGCAGUGGGCUGAAAGGGGGUGUGCAUCUAACCAAGGACCCAAAAGUGGUAGGGCAGCUUGCUGAACAGAUGAUUGGAUACAAUCUCACAACUAAGCAAACGCCAAAGGAUGGUGUUAAAGUUAAGAAGGUUAUGGUGGCAGAAGCACUAAACAUUUCCAGGGAAACCUAUUUUGCGAUAUUAAUGGAUCGAGCUUGCAACGGACCGGUUCUGGUUGGCAGUCCCCAAGGUGGGGUUGAUAUAGAAGAAGUAGCUGCUAAAAGCCCAGAGCUCAUCUUCAAGGAGGAAAUAGAUAUUUUUGAAGGUGUGAAGGACACUCAAGCAGUGCGGCUGGCAGGAAAUUUAGGAUUCAAGGGGCCUCUGCAACAACAGGCUGCAGAUCAAAUUAAGAAGCUGUACAAUCUUUUCCUGAAAAUUGAUGCCACUCAAGUUGAAGUGAAUCCCUUUGGUGAAACUCCAGAAGGACAAGUUGUGUGCUUUGAUGCCAAGAUAAACUUUGAUGACAAUGCUGAGUUCAGGCAAAAAGAGAUAUUUGCCAUGGAUGACAAAUCUGAGAAUGAGUUUAUAGAAAAUGAAGCUGCCCGCUAUGAUUUAAAGUACAUUGGCCUGGAUGGAAAUAUAGCAUGUUUUGUUAAUGGCGCUGGACUUGCUAUGGCAACCUGUGAUAUAAUUUCCCUUAAUGGUGGAAAGCCUGCCAAUUUCCUGGAUCUCGGUGGAGGUGUGAAGGAAGCACAAGUGUACCAAGCGUUCAAAUUGCUCACUGCUGAUCCCAAGGUUGAAGCAAUUCUGGUCAAUAUUUUUGGUGGGAUUGUCAACUGUGCCAUUAUAGCCAACGGCAUCACCAAAGCCUGCCGAGAGCUUGAACUCAAAGUGCCUCUAGUGGUUAGACUUGAAGGGACAAAUGUUCAUGAAGCCCAGCGCAUUCUGAAUGAGAGCGGACUUCCGAUCACCUCUGCAAGUGAUCUUGAAGACGCUGCCAAGAAGGCAGUGGCAAGCGUCACGAAGAAAUAAAGGCACCGCCAGCAAAGGAAUUCAUACAGUAGCUGACAUUCCCAGCAUUGCCUCCGAGUACAUAUUUAGAAUUAUUUUAACCAGCCAUGAGUAACGCUAGACUUGAUCUGUCUGACCUAUCAACAACAAAUCAUGACAUGCUCAAUGUGUAAAAACAAACCAACCCCAAACCUAGGAACCACGUCAAAUUAACAGAGUCUGUACUUUUCUAUAUUAUAUUGAAAUGGCCUGCGAGCAAGUGUGAUGAGUAACCGCUAUCUGUUGGCAUUCAGAUUUCUUUCCUAUAUAAUAUGACGUUGUUAGUGACUCCUAAUUUUUGUAAAGCGUUUUGGUACAUCUUUUCUAUCUUGAAGGGAUAGAAAGUAAUAGCUUACCUUGUAUUGGUAAAUCAUGGCCAAGAUUCAAGGAAUUGCACAUUCUGUGCACCUGGUGGUGGGGGACUUGUAUUUUUCAAAAUGGCACCCUUCCCAUGUCAUGUGGCAAAACCACUUUGAAACUGGUGGAACUUCCAAAGGAGAUUUGUGAUAUGGCGUGUGGAUCUGACGUCUGAAUUUUGAAAAGGCGAAAAGUCCAACUUGGGUGUGCCCAAAAGCCUUUAGUGUGCCUAAAGUCGCUGUCUGAAUCCUGCCAACAUGUGUGUGUUUUUUUAAAGAACUUUUCCAAUUAGGGUUAGAGAAAACAGCAUGUUUAUAUUUUGUCAUUUGAGCCAAAUUAAUGGGAAUUGGGAUUUCCCCCCACCCAUUAGAAACUAUGUACUUUUUUCACACAUGCCUUAAAAUUCAAUGUUUGUGCUUUGAUACCCAAUGUAUACCUCACAUUAGAAGAAAACUCAAAAAGUGUAGUUUUGUGAGGGAAGUGUUUUUGUAUCAUACCGUGAAUGAAUGGGUUUCUCAUGUGAAUGUUUUUAAGCUUGGAAGGAGAAGUAUAAUACGUCCCAUUGCCGUAGUGCCAUGCAGCUUCUUUGUGAAUGUAUAUUUCCAUUUAAUCCUGACUGUGAGCUUCCAGAACCAAUGUGCAUAGUGGCUGAAGAAUUGCCAUUCAUACUGGAGAAUUUUUUGGUGGUGAUUUCCUAAGACUUAAGCAUUUAUGCUGUUAUCCUGCUGGCAUUAGUCAGACCAUACUAGCAUGAGCUGUCAGGGACCCUUCCAUCAUUGAAAAGAAUGUGAAAAAGACAAAACAUAAAUGCUGUAAUGAAAAAUAUUGGGGCAUGAUUUCACCUAAGUUAAGCACUUUCUGAGUUCUUAUCUGGAAGCAUUGAUCAUGCGCUUCAUUCUCAUUUUGAAAUAAAUCAGACUUACAAGUCAUCAGCUUCAGCCUGAUCAUGUCUUUGAGUUGUGGGAAAUAUGCACAUAAAAAAGUUUCAGAAGCUAUCAAACUGUCUCUGUAACCACUUCAAUGUGCUUGGGUCACAAUGGAAAGAUUUAUGAAAAUCAAAAUGUCCACCACUAAAAUUCACUUUGCUUUAGAUGUUUGUGUCCAUGGGUUAUCCAACCAGGAUAUAGAGAUAUACACAAUGUUGUUCAACUGACAAGCCCAGAAUUUAUGUUCUGAAACUUUUCAAUAAUAUUCAACAAAAAUAUGAAAAGUUUGUAAUUUAAUAAGAAGUGAAAUUUAUCUAAUAAAUAUCUCAAUGUUCAACAA